UUCCCCCCCCCCCCCUUCCCGUCCGUCGACUUGCUUCGUACCCCCCCAAGGUGCACAAGAGACGAGAAGCCCGGCCUCCCGUCCCUUUUCUUGUACACUCCCCCCAGACCGACUGGCAUUUUGAUUCCUGUCAGUCAAGUCUGUCCAGGCCUCUGGGAAGUCUGUGUUUGGGUACACUUGUGCAAAAGCUCCUCCUUUUGGAUGACAUAUUCGUCGAUGCUCUUGUGCUACGACUCAUCCUACAUGUACUAA